AAUUUGUUUACAAAACAUGCCGAUACAACGGCCUUAGAGAUUCUGACUAUUAGAGCUAUUUAGAUUGUUUUGUGGAAAUAAGCUCAGUUGCAUAGUGCGCUGAAACGUUACGUUUAUACGUGACUUGAUACUUAAGAUAGCUGCUGUGGAUUAAUUAGUGUAACGUACUAAAACAUUAAAUCAGUGAUAACGUUACUCUGUAUUAUCGAACAGACUAAGGCAUGUUUUAACAAUACAGUGGACACCUGACCACUUUUUCAGUAGUUGCAUUAUAUAGUAUUUAUUAAUGUUUUUAACUCACUUGUUUUUGUGUUUCAGCUCUCAUUUGAGUUAAAAACAUACUAGUAAUUUUAUAUUACAAUUUAAAUGAUCUUAUUUUUAUUUUAGCUUUAUUUAAAUAAUUUUUUAAAAUAUUUAUUUCAGUUUAAAAGGUUAUAAAUUUUUGGUGUGUUUGUGUGUUUUGUUUGUCUCUUUAAUUUCUUUUAAUGUGUAAGGCAAAGCUAUUUUAAAUGCUCAACUGGUCACAAUUUUUAGGUUUUCACCUUACACCCCAAUACAAAUAUUUCUAUGGUGUUUUCACAGAAUGCUGCCAUGUUCCAUUUAGAGAUGCUAGGCUGAGUUUAAAUAUAUGUGACAAUGCAUAUCUGUGCAUGUGUGUUCAGAGUGACACAUGGAGCGUGUGUUAGGUUUAGGCGUUGGGCCACUGGCAGCUGGGACUGUGGGGCUGCUGGUUUUGCUGAAAGUGAUCCAGAGACUGAGACACAGGCUGAGUGUACAGGACAAAGUUGUGGUGAUCACUGGAGCCAGUUCAGGCCUGGGCAAAGAGUGUGCGCGGCUCUUCCAUGCGGCGGGUGCCCGGCUGAUCCUGUGCGGACGGGACCACAAGAGACUUCAGGAGGUCGUGAAGGAGCUGGGAAACAAAAACAGUGCGAUACAGACUUACACUCCCUGCACUGUCACCUUUGACCUCUCCGACACAUCUGUGGUUUCCAGCGCCGCCGAGGAGAUUUUGAAGUGCCACGGUCAUGUCGAUGUCCUCAUCAACAAUGCAGGCAUUAGCUACCGUGGCAAGAUCCUGGACACCCAUGUAUCAGUGCAGCGAGAUGUCAUGGAGACUAACUACUUCGGUCCGGUUGCUCUCACACAAGCCAUUCUGCCUUCGAUGGUGGAUAGACGCAGUGGUCAUAUUGUUGUCAUCAGCAGCGUGCAGGGAAAGAUCUCCAUACCGUACAGAUCUGCAUAUUCUGCAUCUAAGCACGCGACGCAGGCCUACUUUGACUGUUUGAGGGCAGAGGUGGAGCGGUUGGGCCUGCAGGUGUCCGUCAUCAGCCCUGGUUACAUCAGAACUAACCUGUCCAUCAAUGCAGUCACGGGGGACGGCUCGAAAUAUGGAGUAAUGGAUAAAACCACAGCGAGGGGGUCGGAUCCGGUGGACGUGGCACAUGCUGUUCUGAAAGCUGUCUGUCACAAACAGAAAGACGUUGUACUGGCUGGACUGCUGCCUGCUGCAGCCAUCUAUCUGCGCACACUGUGGCCCUCUCUCUACUUCAGACUGAUGGCUUCACGCGCCAGAAAAGAAGACAGAGUGAAGGAGGAAUAAGAGAAAACUGCUUCUUUACAUCUUCCUAGUCUCAUUUUUAUGUCUAAAGGUAAAUACAUAAAAAUGGAUUUCAGUUGCUCGAUGUUCCCUGAUCCUUAAAAAACACACCAGUCCUUAGAUAAGCAGAACACACAUUCAUCAAACAAGAUUACAUCCUAUUUAAAUCAAAUCUUGGCUGGUCGUAAACAGUUUUCAUUUGCUCUUCCACAAAUGAAGGCCUUGAAAAGUCUUAAAUUAAUGAAGUUAAAAGUCAAAAAUGUCUUGUUUUACAAUUCAAAUAUCUAAACAUCCUUAAUUCAAGAUAUAUUUAUUGAAGAUGCAAAAUGAAGACAUGAAGUCUUGAUUUUUAAUAAAAUGAACAGAAUUGAAUGAGUUUAUCUUUAAACAAAAUGUCAGUAGGGAAUGCGAGCUGGUUUUAGCUUUGCAAUAAACUUGGCUCAACUAAAUAGAUAUUUCUGCUUUUCUAAAACAUAAAUUCACUUCAUUUUUUUAAAUUUCUCAGGAAA